UUCUAAUAAAUUUCAAAUAUUUUUGUUAUAAUUUACUGACAUCAAAUGUUUUCGUCUUUCUAUGUUUAAAUUACAUAAAUUACCAAUACGUUUAAUGUAUAUUUUUUAAAAACCAAUGAAUUUGGAGAAGCUGUAUCAACUGUAUUUGGAACAAGCGAAACAACUUGUCCUUACUUCGCUAGAUAACGAUCGCAUUAGGGCUUGUCAGUGGAUAAAAAAGAUCGAACUAUCACCAAAUUCUGAGGAAAAACUUAAAACACUUCAAUUGCAUUCUUUGAAACUUCUGUUACUCUGCCUUGAAUGUAACUGUUUGAUUGGACCAUUUGAAAAGUCACCGGAGGACGACAAAGAAUUUGAACAAUACGAUUGGAAUUCUUUUGACUUGGCGGAAUUUUCAAACAUGAUUCGUUCGAAAAAAGAAACAUGCAAUGGGCCUGAAGUUUCAUAUAAUGUUUCUGGUAAUCGCCGGCAGCUGGUUACUUAUCAAAAUGAUCCAGCAACUGGGCAACAUUGUUAUUAUGCUUGUUCAAAAAAACCAAUAGAAGAAUGGAAUAACUUAAAAAGUGGUGUCAUUCAAAAUGAAUCAGUUAAUGAGUGGAAAGAACGUGGUGAAUUGGAAGAACUUAAUGGAAAAGAAUCUCAAAAUUCUUCCAUCGAUAUUCCUCGUUGUGUGAUGCAAUCAACAAAUCCCCAAGUGGAUUUUCAUAUUUAUGAGGAACGCCAUAGUGGACGGGAUCAAAUCCAGUCUCAAAGAUUGCCAAAUUUAUCAAACAACUCUCAUUUCGUGACUCCUGGGCUGCAAAGACGCACAAAUUACAAUAAAACUUACUCGGAAAGACCCGAAACUCCUCAAGUAUUCGGAGGAACUGGUAGGCAAGCUAGACCGUUUGAAGCAGAACAAUUUGGACUUUCGAAAAAUGAACAAUUUCGUUCGCCACGUGGUGUUUUUCAAAACUUAAAUUAUGACCGUUUUCAGAGUCCAAUGCAGCCAAGGUUGACUGAUGAAGUCAUCACUUCUUUUGACAAUGCCAGAAUUCGUCGUGAUCAAACUUUAGGUUCAACAAAAGACAAUGAUGCAAGACAGAAAUUGUGCGCUCGUCUUCAAAAAGUUCGAAAUGAAAUGCAUAAAAAGCCUCAAAUAGAAAUACAGGAACAAAUUGAAGUUGAACCAGAAAAUUAUCAUUAUGAACCUAUAACUCUGCGAGAACCAUGUGCAUACACAUCUUGUCAUCAAGAAACAGAUCAGGACUUGGGUAUUUUGUCAGCAGAAGAAAUGGAUGAUGAAGACUUGUUCAAUGAUCAGGAAACAAUUGAUCCAAAGACAAUUUUUAAAACUAGAGAUGAAAACUUGGUCUCUCGGAAUGUUGUAAAAAUUGAAACUAAUACCACAAUCAACGGAAGCAAACGAGAAGUUGUUGAAGAAUUUUUAGAACAAGAAGAUGUUAAUGUUGAAGAAAGACCUGAAGAUAAUGAGAAUUUGGUGAAUGUAAGUGAACCAACUUUUGAAUCUGUUCCGGGAUAUUCUCCUUUACAAUUAAGCGAUCAAAUUCAGAAAAAGUUACAAAACCAAAAACAUAAGACUCGUAGAAUUCUAGAAGACUAUUCGGAUUGGCCGAAUGAAGAUUUGGAAGAUAUCUCACAACCUUGUUUUCAGCAGAGAAGUUUUUGUCCAGAAGAAGACAGAGGGGCACGACAAGGCCAUUCACAAUCACAGGCUAGUAGUAGGAGAUUACCAACAGAGAGAUUAGAUGAAAUCUCCCAACCAGAAUUUGUAUCUUCGAUAGAAGAUCCCACAACUUUUAGGCUUGGAAAUAAACCUUUUAUAAAUGCAUUAGAUAGACUUGAAAAAACUAUUCAAGAAGUUUCAAGAAGAAGGGCAUUAUUCGGUGGCGUUAACAAUUCGGACAGAUUAGAAAAUAUCAGUCAACCAAUUUUUGAAUCUUCAUAUGAAAACUCUUCACAUAGACCAUUUAAUCAAUUCGAGGAAUCAGAAAGAUUGGAAAGCAUUGAACAACCUUAUUAUCAAUCAUUUGAAGAAUCAACUUCAAGAAUAAACCAAAGUAGAGCUAGGGAAAGGCCCUUUCCCCAAAUUUAUACAAAAGAAAGGUUAGACCAAGUAAGUCAACCAAGCUUUGGUAGUUCUCUUAAAGAUGCUACAGUUAAAUCAAGACUAAGUAGAGGAAAUGCUCCUCAGAGACGAUUUCCUCAAGUUGAGACUUCCGAAAGACUAGAUGACGUCAGUCAACCCCAUCUUUUCCAUUCAACAGGAUUAUCUUAUCAGGAUUCCAGAAGUAGAAGAUGCCCAUGCAGUAAAAGACCAAUACCCCAAUUUGAUACUUCAGAACAAUUAGAUGAUAUAAGUCGACCAUGCUUCGAGCAAUCAUUAAAGGAUUCAACAGUUACAUCAAGUCAAAGAGAACGUAUGACAUCCGAAAGACUAGAUGAAGUCAGUCAACCUGACCUUUUAGAUUCAACAGGAGUAUCUUAUCAAGACUCUAGAGGCAGACGAUGUCCACCAAGUAGAAGGCCAAUUCCACAAGUUGACACGUCAGAAAGAGUAAAAGAAAGCUUCGAGCCAUCUUUAAGAGAUUCAACAGUAACAUCACGACGAAGAGGACAAAGAUGCCAGCCUGAGGUUGAGACAUCCGAAAGACUUGAUGAAGUAAGUGAACCUAGAUUUCUGCAUUCGACAGGGGUAUCCUAUCAAGACUCGACAAGUAGAAGAUGUCCGCUAAGACAAAGACCAGUAGCACAAGUUGACACAUCAGAGCGAUUAGAAGAAAUAAGUCAACCAAGUUUCGAUUCAUCUUUAAGAGAUUCAACAGUGCCAUCAAGACAAAGGGAUCAAAGACGUUUGCCUGAAGUUGAGACAUCCGAAAGACUCGAUGAAGUUAGUCAACCUAGGUUUCUGCAUUCUACAGGAGUGUCUUAUCAAGACUCGACAGGUAGAAGAUAUCCGCUAAGUCAAAGACCAACACCACAAGUUGACACGUCAGAAAGAUUAGACGAUAUAAGUCGACCAAGCUUCGAGCCAUCUUUAAGAAAUUCGACAGUACCAUCAAGACAAGGACAACAAAGACGUUUGCCUGAAGUUGAGACAUCCGAAAGGCUUUAUGAAGUCCGUCAACCUAGGUUUCUGCAUUCGACAGGGGUAUCCUAUCAAGACUCGACAAGUAGAAGAUGUCCGCUAAGUCAAAGACCAAUACCUCAAGUUGACACGUCAGAACGAUUAGAAGAAAUAAGUCAACCAAAUUUCGAGUCAUCAUUAAUGGAUUCAAGAGAAGCAUCAAGACAAAGAGAACGACGACGUUUGCCUGAAGUUGAGACAUCCGAAAGACUUGAUGAAGUCAGUCAACCAACGUUUCUACAUUCGACAGGAGUGUCCUAUCAAGACUCCACAAGUAGAAGACCUUGUCAAAGGCCAAUAUACCAGUUUGACACUUCAGAAAGAUUAGACGAUAUAAGUCGGCCAAAUUUUGAGUGUUCUUCAAGAGAUUCGACAGUACCAUCAAGACAAAGAGAACGAAGACGAUUGCCUGAGGUUGAGACAUUUGAAAGGCUGAAUGAAAUCAGUCAACCUGAGUUUUUGCACUCAACAGAAAUGUCUUAUCAGGACUCGAAUAGCAGGAGAUGUCCACCAAGUCAAAAACCAAUGCCCUAUGAUGAAAUGUCAGAACGAUUAGAAGAAAUAAGUUGUCCCCAGUUUUUAUCUUCUACCGAAGAUUCACGUCAAGGUUCAAGAAGACCACAGUUUCAACUACGAGAAUCACAAAGAUUAGAUGAGGUGACUCAACCAAGCGCAAUGAAGUCACUUAGAGAUUCCACUAUGAAAUCAAGAGGUAGAAAAGAUCCACCUCAAGUUGACAAAUGUGAGCAGUUAAUUUUCAAUUCACAAGCUGAAAUAUUAGAUGAUGUAAGCCAACCAGUGUUUCAGUCUUCAUUUGAAGAAAGCAAGUCAAAAUCAAGAGGGAACAGAGAAAAAUUAUGGCCAAGAAAACAGCUUCAGAUAGAUGAAUCAGAAUGUUUAGAAGAUAUUUGUCAACCGGAAUUCGCGUCUUCCGUUCAAACAUCAUCAUUACAAGACACAAAAGAUGGUAGAAGAACUUCUAAUCGAAAGAAUUUACUUUCAGUUGAUGUCUCAGAAAGAUUAGAGAACAUCUGCGAACCGGAAUUUCCUUCUUCUUUUGAAGAUGCGACCGAUACCCAACGAACUGGGAAGCAGAAUGUUUCUGAAAGGUUAGAUUAUAUAAGUCAGCCAUCUUUUCCUUUGUCAGUUGAAGAAUCCUGCAGAAGACUUAGAGACAGCAAAAAAGGCGUUCCUGAAGCAAGACCAUUGCCACAAUUUGAUGAAUCGGAAAUCUUAAAUCAGGUUACUCAGCCAGACCUGACAUCUUUUGAAGAAGACACUGGAUAUAGAUCAAAGGAUAGUGGACAGGCCAAAAGUAUUUUCUGUAAAAGUGAAGAAUCGGAAAGGUUAGAUGAUAUAUCCCAACCUCAUUUUGAGUCUUCUUAUAGAGACUCCAUGAUUAAAUCAAAGGAUAACGUCUGUCAACCUGAAUUUCCUCCUUCGUUUGAGGUUUCAGGCAGAUCCGCACAGAGAAGGCAAUCUCAUUUUGUGGAAUCUGAAAGAUUGGAGGAUGUAACUCAACCUAGUAUGCAAACAUCAUUUCCUGAAGAAUCGUCGAAAGCUUUAAGAAAAAGUUUAGAUGAUCGAAGAAAAAAACUUCUUUCCAGAGUGAACAUUUCUGAAGUACUAGAUGAUGUGAGUCAACCUUUUUACCAUACAACUUUGGAAGAUUCAAUGUUUGAUCGAAGGGACCGGCAAGUAUCAACACAAAGAGCGUUCCCACCAGAAAGCGAAUUAGAAAAAUCAGAAAAACUGGAAAGAGUUUCUCAACCUGUUUUUCCAUCUUCUUUUGAAGAUACCGGACACACAUCAAGAGAAACUGAAGAGAUCCAAAGAAGACCUCGAAAGAAAACGGAAACUUCAGAAAGAUUAAUUGAUGUAAGCCACCAAUUCCUACCAAGUUCUUUUGAAGAUUCAAAAAAAAGUUCUGGAAGAUAUAUUGAAACACCAAAACGAAGACUAUUACCUCAUAUUGAUGCCUCUGAAAAUUUAGAUGACAUAAGUCAUCCAUUAUUUAUUUCGAUGUACGAAGAAAUGUCAAACAGACAAAGAAGAUCUGAAAAUAUACAAAAACGAAGACCUUCACCCCAAGCUGAUGAAUCAGAAAGAUUAGAAGAUGUUAGUCAACCAGAAUUCCCAUCUUCUUUCAAACAUUCAAUGGCGUUAUCGAAAGACACUAGACAGUAUCAAUCACAUGCUGGUGCCACGAAGAUUGAUGGCAGACCUUUUCAACAAAUUAACGUUUCUGAAAGGCUCAACGAAAUAAGUCAGCCAGAUUUUGAAACGUCUCUUGAAGAUACAAUCCCGAGUGCUUCCGAACGAAGACCGUUAAAUCAAACAGAUUUCUCACAAAGGCACAGAAAAACUCAACAACAACGAUAUCUUCCCGAAGUUGAUGUUUCAGAGAGAUUAAGUUCUGUUUGUCAACCAGAGUUCCCUUCUUCAUUUGAAGAUUCAAGACAAUGUUCAGUAAGAAACAAAUCCAAUCGAAAAACAAUCCCGAAGCAUCAUGUGGAAAAACCUCAAUUUGAUACCUCGGAAAUGUUAGAAGAUGUCGCAGAGCCCAAAUUUCCAUCUUCAAUACAAGGAAGUAUGAACAUUUCAAGAGAAAGAAGACGAAGACCAAUGCCUCAAAUUGACUUAUCGGAAAAUAUCGAAUCUAUUUGUCAACCAGAGUUUCCACAGUCUUUCGAAGAUUCUACUAGAAAUGAUGCUUUAACUUAUCGGAGAGAUAAAUUUCCUAAAGAAACUAUGGAUGAAAAUCUAGAAGAUAUAUCUUGUCCAUCGUUCCAAGAAACACCAAUACUUAGACGAAGACAAAAUGAAGACCAUCGAUCUAGGGGUCCACAACGCCAACUCUUUCCCAAAGAAGUUUCAAGAACCGAAAGAAGUGAGAGGCCUGGAGACUUUAGACAAGUUUUUGAAACAAUGCCUAAUUAUGCACCAUUUGAACAGCAAGUUGCCGCUAGAAAGAAAAAUUUGAAUUCUAGACUUAAAAUGCCUGUAACUUUUGAUCAGCCUUUGGGUGUUUUAGGAAAAAAUAAGCCUGAGGUAUGCCCACGUCUACAACAGCAACCAUCUCAACGUUACGAACCAACAAGAGAAGAUUUUUGUGUUAAUAGAAUAAAACCUUCACAAGUUAAUCCUUGUACAAUACAAGUCCCUUCACAGGGGAUACAAAUGGAAAGAAGACAGCCUUCGGUGACAAGAAUCCCAUUACCUCCAUCAGCACGAUCUCAAACAAAUAUUCGACGACAGCAACAACAAUCCAAAUUAGAAAAACCACAAGAUGAAGAGCGUCUCGUGAAGAAGUCAUCAGUUAAGUUUCAUAAGACAAAAUCAACGUAUUUUAAAAAUCAACAAAACAAAUCGAAUAGAAAUGAAGGUCGUAAAAGAUAAAUUAAAAUAAAAGUAUUUUCCAUAAUAACAAAUAAAAUAUUUAAUAAAAUACA